UGUCAGUACGGCUGCAUCGCAAGCGAAAGUUAUUUGUAAAAAUUCUUAGUUUUCCCCCUUAUUAUUUUGUUUUCUAUCAUUAGUUUACAACUUCUAUGUCCGAAAAGUGCAAUGGAGUUGAAUCAUACGAGAGUGAAACAGAGGCUAGUGAACCGAACAAUGGUAUACGCAGAUUUUCUAUUGCCGACGCUUCGAAAGAAAGUGUCUCGAUUAAAGAUGUUUUCAGAGGUUUCGAGAAGAGCCCUGUAGUCACACUGACGCGGGCUGAUAUAUCACCGUAUCUCAAGAAUAUGAGACAGAAAUCCACUGAGAAAUCUGAACUGGAAAAGUGUUUAUCGAAGUUGGAUUUUGCCGUACAUUCUAGACGGCUGGGCGACAAGUGCUCAAUCAGCGUUCUUCGCCACGACCUUGACGAGCUCAAAAUGGCCUUCCAAAAGGACCCUAACGAUCCCAUUUUUAAUGCCUGCUUCAAUAUAGCUAAGCUUAAAUGUAAAAUUUGUAAAAAGGUUUACUCCAGUGAGAAGAAGCUUCAGAAUCAUCAGGAGAACAAGCACAUGCUCGUUUACAAGUCGAACGACAAGGCCCAGAAGCGGGUGUCGUUCUCCGACCAAGUGAUCGUGCACGAGGUCAAGGAAUACCACAAAUGUAGGAAGUGCACCAAGAUAUUUGAGAAGUAUAACCUCCUCAAACGCCACAUGAAGCAAAGACACAAGAAACGUAAGUGUUACAUUUGCAAUUAUUGUAACAAAAACUUUGUUGAUAGGAUGUUUUUCAAAGUGCAUAUUAAAUUGCACUGUGACAUCUGUGGGGACCUCUCGUCCAACAGGUCUUCGUACAUCGAGCACCGGCGGAGAGUGUGCAAGGUGUUGAAGUUCCACAAGUGUAAGACUUGUGAAGAGUCAUUUUUCAAGUUCAUGGAUUUGAAAGACCAUAGUUACGAUCAUUUGCCGACAACUUUUGUCUGUGACAUCUGUAAAGACCAGUUUCCAUCUAAAUGUGCUGUUGCACAUCACAUUUCGUUCCUUCAUUCUAAGACUCGCCCAAAGUCCUUGUACAGUAUGCGCACACUAGGAAGCGAGAGAUUAUACUUGUGCAACUUUUGUGAAGAGAGCUCGGUAGAACGGGAUGAAAUUGAGAAACAUGUAGCAUUGUUGCCGGACUUAACUAACCGUGCCAUGACAGGUUACAAGGACUACUAUUUCUGCGAUCAGUGUAUGAAAAAGUUUGAUGUUGAAACAGAUAUGCUUCAACACAAAUGGACGCAUUUCCUGAAGACCAGCGACAACUCCCAGCUGCGGCCGAACAUUGUAAAACGUAAAACGGACUUCCAGAGGUUUUACAAAGUAGACGAGGUCCCGGAUCACAUGCAGCCGCAGGUUAUAUUGGAACGGAUUAAAGUAGGAGGGAAAGAGUUGACGGAUUCCAUUGACUUUGUGGACGUAAACUGCUUCGAUGAGUACACGGGGGAGAUAAAGAAACCUGUGGUUGACCCUGUGUCGAAGAAGACUAUAAUAUCUAAACAUCAGUGUCAGAUAUGUGGAAAAUACUAUUCCACUAACUACUGCCUGAACCGCCACAUAGUCAGCCAGCACUCCGACUACGAGAACCUCAAGUGCAAGGUCUGCGAAGAAACCUUCUACUGGCCCUCGCUCCUCCACAACCACAAAUGUAUCCGUCUCAACCUGCCCGAGAUACCGUUCGACGAUGCCAGACCGGAGAUUCACUUCGACAACUUAAAUGAGAUACAGCUCGAUGACUUACCGAUCACUGAUGAUUAUAUACACACAGUGGACUUUGAGAUACCUGCCCCGGUGGUUGAGUUCACGGAGUAUAAUUGGGGACAGAGACAGGAUAUACAGAACUGUUAUAGUGGGUGCAAGAUUGUUAUGCAGGAGGUGCCCAUUGAGUUUUAAGUGGGUCUCUUUUGUUUCCCAAAAAGUUUUAAGUCAUAAUGUAUUGGUUGCCCGCAUUUUCGUUAGUCAUAAUUUAUUUGCUUAAGAAACGCGUCACUUUUCAGGAUUGCCAUAAAACAAACCUAACCUAACCUAUCUAUAGGAUAAUCUUACGAAAAUCCUGAAAAGUUAACGGUUUCAGUUUUAUGACUAACGAUAAUAUGACAAACAAUACAUUAUGACUUAAAACUUUAUGGGAAACAAAGGGACCCCGUUUUAAGUAUUAAGUCCAAUGUCACUGUGUCUCACUCUCAUUAAGCAAAAUGUGAGACGCAAUACACAUUGGACAAAGUAAUUGGAUAGGUGGUAUACCCUUAUAUGAGUAAAGUCUAUGAAAAAAAUCGUGCUAGCUUGACAGCUGAUGUAGAUGGCGCGGUCCAAGUAUUGCGGUAGACUCUAGGACCCUAAAUGGUACAACAAUCGCGGAGCGUGAUUGUACAAUGAAUGAGUAUUUGGUUUUAAGAGUUAACGUGUAAUAUAUGAUAAAAUUGAUAAAUGUGGUGCACAGAUUAUGACGAAGUUAGUUAUUUGGUUAUUUAAUAUAUAAAUUAACGGCUUGUUACGCGGGUAGAAACGCACUUUUAACAUUAAGCGUUUUGAACACAUUUUUUUUCUUUAGCCUAUUUGAAUGUCCCACUGCUGGGCAAAGGCCUCUCCCCUUAAAAUAUUUUAUAAUUUCCCUUAAUAUAUUUUUAUCGGGUCUAUCGCGAAUUUAUUUUGAUUAAGUUAAGGUGGGGUAAGACGAUCACCGGGGUAAGACUAUCACUUGUGACUAAAGACUAUCCUCAUACUGUUUGUCUUUCCCCGAACAAAAUAAACUAUGUUAGUAUCACCUACCUUACCUUACUACUAGAAACGAAGUCUGUUGUAAGUUGAAGGCCCCAGUUGGGUUUCUACUCGCGUGUUGCUGCUCAAAAUUUUCGUCUAUUAUCGCCUGCCAUUGCCAUUGUUUUACUUUUACAUUAUUACUAAGCAAAUGCAAGUGUAUAUGAAGUUUGUCAACAUUGUGUUAUGAUUUUAUUAUUUAGUAUAGUCUGGUUUAAAUUUUACAUACAUACACAUACAUAUAAU